AAUAUGAAACAUGAACGUGUCUUCUUAGAUGAGCUGAGUCCUAUCAGUAAGUCAUACAAGGUGAAAGUCAAGGUCAUUGAGAAGGGACGAGCUAAGCCAUCUCCUAAGAAAGGGAUCCUGUAUCAGCACCUGGUUUUGCAGGACGAUAAGAAAAACAAGAUGCGGGGUGCGCUAUUUGGAGAUCAGAUCGAGGCAUACAAGGAUGCAUUUGUGCACAAAGGAGAAUAUGAAAUAGCUGAUGCUCCCAUCAGGCAUGCAGACCCACAAUGGAAGAAAUCUGAAGAGGAACUUGACUUCCAGAUGACCUUUGGACGGCAGACAGUGAUCCAGCCUGUGAACGUUGAAGCAGGCCCUAUCCUGCCCGACUACCAAUCCAUUGCUUCUAUCCCAAGAGCUGGGGAUCCUGAUGACAGAUAUGAUAUUGUUGGGGUGGUUCUUUAUGUUGAGGACCAGCCAAGGUCUAUUACCACUGCCCAAGACCGCCAAGUAUUUGUUCGAGAAAUUGUUAUUACUGAUCACAGCUCUCAACAACCAUUAGUCAUCUCCGUCUGGAAUGAUUUUGCUGGAGCUGAUUGUGACCCACUCUCCUGUUGGGGCGAAAAGUUUGUUGUGGUUGGCUUCACUUCCUUAAGGGCCACAUCCCACAAAGGUUUCUCGCUCGCAUCGAGCAUGUCUACUAUGUUCAUUCAUGAUCCUGAAGGGCACAGAGCCGAUGCACUGAAGGAAUGGGCACUUCGCCAUCAAGCCUUACUUGCUGAUAGACAGGCACGGGUCCUUGAUGUUAGGAACCCCUCCAAUGAAAAGGUGAUCAUAACCCUGGAUGAACUGAGGCACAAAAAGAACACCAACACUCUCCAAGAGGAGCGCCCUUGGUUAAAAGUGUGUAUCCCUGAUGCAAGACUUGAGAAAGUACAUGCUUAUCUUGGUUGCCCUAACUGUGGUAAGUCAACAACUGCUCCCCUUGGUGAGGCUUUUAAGUGUGGCACCUGCUCCAGGAUAGGCGUUAUAUCCACUCCUAGAAUCACUUUCAACUGCGAAGUUUCAGAUGACACGGGCACAUAUGCCUUCACAACCUUCACCGAGGAUUCUGAAAGACUUUUCAGAAUGACUGCUGCUGAUCUUUUCAGGAUGAAACACACUGGUGAUCUACAGACUUUCAUGGUUGCACGCAAAUUGCUCCGCACUAAGCAUUUCUUCAUUCAAGUCGGGCCAACAACAUCUCUGUCCACAUGCAAUGUGUUGCAAUGGUGCUUGAAGAAAGUAGAAAUUGAGGAUGAUGACAUGGAGCAUGUCCACCCAGCUGAUAACACUCAAGCAGAGAAUGCUGUUGAGACAGAGAUGGCCACUGAAGGAGAUGCAAACACACAGAAUCUCCCUUUGAAUGCUGGCCAUGCAGAUCCAGAAGAUUACACCAAUGCAGAUCCUUUAGAUGCUGAAAAUGCGGCUACAGAGGCUGCUGAGACAGAGGUUUCCACUGAACGAGAUGCAAACACACAAAAUCUCCCUUUGAAUGCUGGCCAUGCAGAUCCAGAAGAUUACACCAAUGCUGAUCCUUUAGAUGCUGAAAAUGCGGCUACAGAGGCUGCUGAGACAGAGGUUUCCACUGAACGAGAUGCAAACACACAAAAUCUCCCUUUGAAUGUUGGCCAUGCAGAUCCAGACGAUUACACCAAUGAUGAUCCUUUAAAUGCUGAAAAUGCGGCUACAGAGGCUGAUCAUGAUGAUGACACUUCAGAGGAAUGA